CACUCCUCCGGCCAAACCUCUCUCCUCUUUUCCCUCCUUUACCAUCAUCACUCUUUGCAUCUCACUCGACUUUCCUCGUCUGACCAACUCACCUUCUCUUGACAAACCCAAGCCCGUCGGCCUAGCACAUCAACCCUUUCACAUCGAAAGCAAAUCUUUUCUCUCACACUUCACAUCACCCUUUCUCACUCAAAAUGAAGACCUUCUCUGCCAUCUCCGGCCUCGCCGCCGUCGGUAUCGCUGCCAUCACUUACGUCAGGGCUCAGGCCACUGUGCAGUCUCCUGCUAACCUCAUCGAGUGCCAGCCCGCUGCCAUCACCUGGUCUGGUGCCUCUGGUUCCGUGUACCUCUCUGUCGUCCUCGGUGACGAUGUCUCCAGCGCUGCCUACGUCUCCUUCCCCACCCAGUCUGGCGCUUCGGGAAGCUACACCUGGUCUAAGGUCAACGUGACUUCUGGCCAGACCGUCACUUUCAUCGUGAACGACAGCACUGGUGCCCCCAACUACUCUUCUCAGGUCACCGUCAACGCCGGUUCCGACACCUCGUGCCUGAGCUCCUCAAGCAGCUCCGACUCCGACUCCUCUUCUACUUCUUCUGCUGCCGCCGCUGCCGGUACCUCCUCUGCCGCCAGUGGAUCUUCGUCCAAGUCGGGCAGCAGCUCCACCUCUUCCGCUGCCGCUGCCGCCUCUUCCACCGCCGCCUCCAGCGGUGCUAGCAAGUCCUCCCUCAACGCUCUGGCCGUUGUCGGUGCUGCCUUUGCCGGAGCCGCUUUCCUCGCCUAAGCGCUCGUUCAGGAGCGCUUAAGUUGAGGUGCAGUCGUCCGCAAAGGAGGUGUCUGAGAGUAGCUCGAGAAGAUCUUUACGAUGCCCAAAGGACGGUGAGACUCGUAACGGAAA